AUGGAGGGGUACGAAACAUUAGGCAUUCUUGGAGAGGGCACGUACGGUGUCGUCGUUAAGGCACGCCAUCGCGCCACCGGCCGAAUUGUUGCCAUUAAAAAGUACAAGCAGGCGGAGGAUGACAAUCAUGUGCGCAAGACGUCGCUGCGUGAGGUGCGGGUGCUGAAGCAACUACGCCACCCCAAUGUUAUCUCCUUGCUGGAUGUGUUUCGCCGUGACGGUAAGUUGUUUCUUGUAUUUGAGUAUGUGGAGAACACCAUUCUGCAGCUUAUUGAGGAGAAAAGGCACGGUUUGCCCCCGGAUGAAGUGCGUCGUUACACCUAUCAGCUGCUGAAUGGAGUGGAUUACUGCCAUGCACACAACAUCAUUCAUCGCGAUGUAAAGCCGGAGAAUAUAUUAGUUUCAAAGGAUGGCGUUUUGAAGUUGUGUGACUUUGGGUUUGCGCGGCAGUUAAGUUCCAAGGGAAAAUACACGGACUACGUCGCCACCCGCUGGUAUCGCGCGCCCGAGUUGCUAGUUGGGGACGUCUUCUACGGCAAGGCUGUCGACAUAUGGGCCAUUGGCUGCAUUUUUUCCGAGUUGUCGGACGGGCAGCCGCUCUUUCCGGGGGACUCUGAUUUAGAUCAGUUGGCUCUUAUCAUGCGAAGCUGCGGGCCCGUCCCAGAUCGGAUGGUGGAUAUAUUUGAGCGGAACGCCUUGUACCGCCGCGUCGCGUUCCCAAGAACGCCCAUGGAGGAGACUUUGCAAAAGCGAUUUAAAAGUUGCAAGGCGUCAUGGUUAGAGCUCUUGACGUCAUGUCUACGAACAGAUCCGGCAGAGCGUCCCUCAUGUGCGGCGCUGAUGAAUAUGCCAUAUUUCACGGAGGAUAAUUUUCGUGUAGAGUACGAGGCGGAGCUGCGGGCACUCUUUACGCAAUGUCAAACACCAGCGGUGGACGCGUCGAACAGCUCGGGUCUCGUUGCUGUGCAGCCUAAGGCGCCGUUAUUUCCCGGGGAGCCGGAGGAAACUGGGGAGGUCUUCCUGCCGCUCUUAGCGAUGCCGCCGAGAGUGCUGGAGUCGGAGGACGAGUGGUCAUUGGGCAAUAAAGGGACAUCGCGGGGCGGCGCUAGUCUGGGAAAUGGGUGUAGCGGCGCCUCCCCCUUUCAGCAGUUGGGGACGCUGUGGAGCCACUACUUGGGAACGGCGAUAAAUGGAGGUGUGAACAACUCCGGGGAGCUUCCCAGCAUUAGCACCCGUCAGAUGCAGACACACCACACAAUGGCUACGCCUAUAUUUAAUGGCAACAAAAAUACGUCCAAGCCGGAAAAUAAAGCCAACAGGGAGAUGCUUAUUAGUUCCAUUCAGACAUUAAAAAUGGCCGGCGGUUCGACGCAGGUUCCGCUCAACCCUCCCUCCACCACUAGCCAACAAGGCUCCAAGGUGUCUGGUGUGCCGCAGGGAACAUCCACGCAUUCCCGCAAGAAUUGGAAGAAUCAGGGCAUGGCCAGCAAGAAGGCGGACCCAAUGGGCGGAUGGAAAUUGGGGUCCCUGAAGAAAUCGAUUAAAUUGGGUUACCCCAUGUUCCCUGCGCUGCCAAGUGGCUGCAGCUCACCUGUGUCGACAGCAUUCACCACGACCAGUAGUGUGGCGCUCAAUGCGCUGUCUGUCCUGCGGGAUGCCAAUAGCAACACGGUGCCGAAGUCCAUGCCCAAAACCCACACCAACACUGUGCCUACAACCACCACCACCAACACCAACACCAACACCAACACCACUACUCCUACCACGACAGUGAACGCCAGCAACGGGGAUGGUGUCGUCAACAAUAACCAUCCCCCGAAGUCCAAGAGGAAGCAGUCAAAGCGGACUCCGCUGCCAGGAGGAACACCAGCGUCGCCUCCAAGAGUCUCGGGGAACACAACCUCGCGCCACAAUGUGAAUGGACAGAAGUGCUCCCUGCAUGAUGUUCCAUCGAAACGAUAG